CAGUGCCGCCCACUAGCUCCGCCCACCUGUGCCCAGCAGUGCACCCACCUGUGCCCAGCAGUGCCCACCAGUGCCACCCAGCAGUGCCACCUACCUGUGCCCAAAAGUGCCACCUACCUGUGCCCAGCAGUGCCACUCACCUGUGCCCACCAUCAGUGCCACCUAUCAGUGCUGUCUAUCAGUACCCAUCAUCAGUGCCGCCUAUCAGUGCCAUCUAUCCGUGACACCUCAUUAGUGCUGCCUAUCAGUGCCGCCUAUCCGUGCCAUCUUAUUAGUGCUGCCUAUCAGUGCCGCCUAUCAGUG